AUGCCUUUUCGGCGGAGGUCAAGGCGCCACCCUAAGGGGAGCCGGCGGUGGCGCAAGGCGGGGCUAGCCGCCGCCACGUUCCACCCCUCGGGGCGCGGCGAACGGCUCCGUCCCUGUGGCAACGGAGAGAGGGUGCGUGCGCGGCCCGUUGGAGCCGCCGGCGGGGCGGCCAUGUCGCUGCUGAGCGGGCCCCGACCGCGGCUCCGCGGCGCUGCCAGGAAGGGACCGAGGAAAGCGACGGCGGCCAAGCGGGAUUGGGACAGUACUGUCCAUGAUUUGACGGUUCACCGUGCAACUCCUGAGGACAUCCUGCGUCGCCAUGAAAUACACAAAUCAAGAAACAAAGCACUGGCACAUCUGGAACUGCAAGAGAAGGCACUGAGAAGAAAAUGGAAGAAGCAAAAACAGUUGGCCCCUGAUUCGUUGGAGAAAAGGAAAUUGGCCCUGAUGCAUGAGAUUCUCUCUGAUCAAUAUGAUUUGCAAGAUGUACUGAAACGGUCUGAUCAGGUUAUGGCUGUGGUAAAAGACUGGUUUGGGAAUGCCCCUCGCAUGCGAACAGGUUUCCCUAAUGUAACAAUGGCUCCUAACUGUGACUUGGAAUCAUCUCAGGGACCCAUCGUACAAAAAUGGGAACCUCCCACUCAGCUUUCCAUCCUUAGUGAAUCUGCCAUGGAUUCCCAGAGUGAAAUGCAACUGCAUGAGAAAGAGAUGAUGAGGCAGCAUCAUGAAGAGAUGUUGAAUGAGCACAGAGAACUAAUUGACGCUCUGACUGCUGAAAUACUUCUAGUAAGGGAAGAAAACAUUGCUAUGCAGAAAAAGCUUCAGCAGUACAUGAUCGAAACAGAUGAAAAGAUGACCUCUCUCACACAAGCAUUUAAAGGCCUCCCUUUGAUAGAAUCUAGGAGAGAAGACUUAAGUCCAUGCCAUUUUGGAAUUGCACACAAAAGUCCGUCAUGCACCCAAGAAAAACCUGAUCUGAGCUAUUUUGAAUCCAGGACUGAUGAAGGCGAAAGGAAGAAUAUGCUGAAAUUCCCACAGGAAGAACACCCUGUCAGGACUCCUCAGAGGCCAUGUGCCCCAGGUGAUGCGGCAGCAGGUAGAAGCUGGCCAGCUCAGGUCUUCCAGCCAGCUGUACUGUUGUCACCACCCCGACAGAAGGACAGUCCGGAAUUGUCUCCCUUCCAGAACAUAUUUACAGCUGUUUCUCAGCCUGCUGAAAACACUGUGAGAGAGCCAUGCAAGGAGAGGAGCUCACCUUCCCCCCUGAAAACGUGGAGCGUGACUGGAGAAAACUGUCUCAUGUCUCAAAGGCAACCAAUUCCUCCUGCAGACAAAGACUUGCAGAGUACCCAAGAGAAAAUCACUUUGUCCUGCCCUGCUGACGCUACCAAAAAUGACACAGUUGGAGAGUUCUCUCAAAGCAGUGAUCUCCUGGGACAGAUAGCUGAGCUCACACGGCAGAACUCAUUAAUUAAAGCUCAGCUGAGCAAAUUCAGAAGCUUCUCUGAAGACAUAAGUGACUGUCUGCCUCAGCCAGACCCAAUACAGAAUUCAAAUUCUUGUCCAGACUCUUCACAAGGGCAGGCUCAUGUUGUGGUACCGAAGAGCUUGGAGGAAAGAAUAGCAGAGCUGAAUCGUCAGAGCACAGAAGCACGUGAUAAACUGCUGCAGCUAAUAGAUCAGCAGAAAUUAGCUGCUGCUGAUACAGUCUCUCAGAGAAUAUCUCCAGUUCUGCCCGCAUCCCGAAAUUGUACUGAAAAUGCAAGGAGGACAAUUGAAGUGUCUGUUCCUGUGGCAGCUUCUGUGGACAGCUCCAAAGAAGACAGUGUUUCCCCUGGCAGUGUGACCACUAUGAGAAGGUCUGUAGGAGGCUCUAGCAAACCUUCUUCACCCCUAAGUACCACAUCAGAAAGUGUGACGUUAAAUCCUGUCAGUCAGAGGCCAAAGGCAGAAAAGCAAAAAGAAGAAGGCUGGUUUGCACUGUCAAUGCACAUUAUGUAAAGGAAGCUGCGCUCAAGUACUAUUAUUUAUUUAUUUUAGAAACUUUCUUACAAAUGACAUUUAUAUCACUGUAGUCUCCCUCUCCGGAUGUACGCUUUAACUCUGAAGUGCUUUCCUGUGAAUUUAAAAAGGUCAGUAGUGCUUACUGUAUUUGUGCCAUACAGAAUACCGUAGGAAGUCCUGGGGAUGAGUUUCCAGAACAGACACACUGCUGUAACACAACUCCUUUUCGCUCACUAAGUCUUCCAUAAGUUUGUAAACCAGGGCUGGUGUAGCAAUGAGCUGUUAUUGUAUCUGUGGGUUGCAUUACAUGUACAGGUUGUAUUACCUAUGCUGAAGAAAGAUGAUUCAAGAAAACGUUUGAGAAACUUGAAAUUUCUGGAGCAUGUAUCUCUACAAGAUAAGGGAUUGGAAAAGAAAAGAGAAAAAGAAAGGGAAUCUGAGCUGAGGGACUGCACAUACAUGUUCAAAAGCAACGUGGGGAUCAGGAAGCCAGUCUGUUCCUGCUGGAUAAGAAUUUGCUUCAGAAAUUACUUGCUCCUUCUAUGCUUUAUAGUUGCCCCCCAAAAAGGUGUUUUCUGUGCAGUUAACAUACCAAGGACUGCUUCUGAACUUGAGGAUUGCUUUUUUUAAAAAAAUUAAGUAUUUUUUUAUAACAAGCAUAACUUGACUUGUGGAAGUUGAAUUAAGACUUUCUAUUUGUAACAUACUGAAGUAUCAUCUCUGAUGCAACAGAAAACUGAUGAGAGUGCAAUUGUGUUAAGGUAUUCUGGUGUGUGUGUGCAUACGUAUAUGUUGUUUGUAUGUUGUUUUUAUUUGACUUUUUAAAAUAGCCAUCAUUUUAGUAUUAAUGUUAACCAAUAAAAUUUAGGAUUAUCACAAAA